AUGGCAGAAGACAUCAAGACCAAAAUCAAGAAUUACAAGACUGCCUCUUUUGACAGCCGUUUCCCCAGCCAGAACCAGACCAGGAACUGUUGGCAGAACUACCUGGACUUCCACCACUAUGAGAAGGCAAUGACUGAUAAAGGGGGUGAUAUCUCCAUGUGCAAAUGGUACGGGCGUGUGUACAAGCCCCUCUGCCCCAUAUCCUGGGUGUCGGCCUGGGACGACCAGUGGGCAGAAGGCACAUUUCUUGGGAAGAUCUAA